ACCCACUACCACCACCAAAUCACGACGCAGCAAAACUAUCCUACUCUGCAGCCAUGGAGGCGCCGCCGCCGGCGGCGCACGCUCCAAAGAAGCGCAAGUUCGAUCGAGUGGACGGCCAAGAAUCGCCGGGGAGCAGCAGCGCCGGCCAUGGAGUAAGCCUGGAUUUCAUCAACAACCUCCCCGACGCCGUCCUCUGCACCAUCAUCUCGCUCCUCCGCACCAAGGACGGCGCCCGCACGCAGGCCGUCUCCCGCCGUUGGCGUCCCCUCUGGCGCUCCGCGCCCCUCAACCUCGUCGCCGACUCUACCCUCUCUGGCCAGGAGCGCAAGCGCGUCGUCUACGUCUCCAAGAUACUGGCCGAGCACCCUGGACCAGCCCUCCGCUUCGAGAUCCCCUACAUCCGCGAACGCUACUACUGCAAGACUGAAUGCUGGCUUCGUUCCCAGGCCCUCACCAACCUCCAGGAGCUCGUCUUUGGCUACGACGCCGAGGACUCCUUGCCGUCCUCACGGCCCCUGCUACCACCGUCUGCGCUCUGCUUCGCGCCGACUCUCCACGUCGCCAGCUUCAGAGGCUGCCGUUUUCCCGACUUGCCUGCAGCACAGUCUCUGAAUUUUCCGCACCUCAAGGAGCUGAGGCUGUCUAGGGUCACCAUGUCAAACUUUUCCGCGCCGUCUCUGAAUUUUCCGCACCUCAAGCAGCUCACCUUGUAUGGGGUCAGCAUCUCGGGUGACGCUCUCCACAGCAUGCUCACUGGUUGCCUUUCCUUGGAAAGCCUUUUGCUGGAAAAUAAUGUCGGCAUUGGCCGCCUCCGCAUUAGCUCCUCGACUCUUAGGAGCAUCGGCUUCUCCCCUCCUUACAAGGGCGAAGAUGCUACUACUUUCCAAGAGUUGGUCAUCGAGGAUGCUCCUCGUCUUGAGAGAUUGCUACCACUUAAUCCAGACGAUGGUCCGAGGACCAUUCAGGUAAUCCGAGCACCUAAACUGCAGGUACUAGGUUUACUGUCUGAUGGCAUAUCCAAACUCCACAUUGGAACCACUGUCUUUCAGGAAAUGACUGCCAUUAGCCUGACAACCACAAUGCACACCAUGAGGAUUUUGGUUAUUGAUUCUAUUGGCCCUAAUCUUGAUUCAGUAAUUGGCUUUCUCAGGUGCUUCCCCUGCUUGGAGAGGCUGUAUGUCAUUUCGCACCUACGAAAGGAAAUGAAAAAUGUGCGGAAGUAUGACCCACUGGAUCCAAUUCAAUGCCUUGAGCGUCAUCUAAAAAAAGUUGUGUUGAAGAACUACUUCGGCAACAGGCCAGAUGUCAACUUUGCCAAGUUCUUUAUUCUGAAUGCAAAGGUGCUAGAUGAAAUGAAUUUUGGAGUAUUUACCAACUGCAACGAUAAAUGGAUGUCUAAUCAACACAGGCGGUUACAGUUGGACAAUAGAGCAUCCCGAAAUGCUCGAUUUGAAUUCAAAAGUUCUUUCUGGAGUACUUUCACAAAUAACAAGCAUACCCACGAUUUGGCAAUGGCGGAUCCCUUUGAGAACACCUUCUGAUGAUGCAUUUGGUUCUCAUUCAGAAGACUACGUUGCCUUUAUAUGUCUGCCUUCUAGACAAAAUGAUGCUGGAUAGAUGUUGAAGAGGUUUUUUCAGUAGUUUAUUUCUUUUCAGCGCCUGAAUGUUAUUUUGUAUCUUUCCUGUUUAGGUACUAGCGGUUGUUUCUUUUCUAUUUGAUGUCGUACUGUAAGAUGUUAACACCAGCAGACAUCAGCUAUUAUAGUUCUGUACUGGAUACAUUUGCUUUAACGAAAAAGCAGAGCUUUGUGCUUGUCUAAGUAAUCAGUUAUCUGAAGUUCCACUCUUUGCAAUUCAUGACACCUUUGCUAGCAAGUUAUUAGUAUCACUUCAAAAUUACUAGCAGAUAA